AUGGUUUCAAAGAAGUGGACGGCCCUUUUAUCUGUAUUGAGCGUCCGUAGUGUCUAUGCGGAAGCAAAUGCGACACAAUUAUAUGGUACAUGGUCUUCUAAAUCAAACCAAGUGUUUACUGGACCCGGAUUUUAUGAUCCUGUAGACGAACUUCUUAUAGAGCCUGCGUUACCUGGUAUUUCAUAUUCAUUUACAGAGGAUGGGUGGUUCGAAGAAGCUACUUAUCAAAUUACCUCUAAUCCACAGAAACCUGAAUGUCCCGAAGCAUCAUUAAUCUUCCAACACGGUACUUUCGAACUCAUGGAUAAUGGUACUUUGAUAUUGACCCCGAUUACCGUCGAUGGAAGACAGCUUUAUAGUUCUCCAUGUGACGAUGAUGGUGUUUCUACUUACACUAGAUACAAUCAAACAGAAACUUUUAAGAGUUUUGCUAUGUAUUUGGAUUCAUACCAUGGUAUUUAUAGAUUAGAUCUCUAUCAAUUUGAUGGAUCUCCAAUGCAACCAUUGUAUCUAGCUUAUCAGCCACCAAUGAUGUUACCAACAGAGACUUUGAAUCCUACUGAAACUUCUAGUUCUGAGACAACAGGUUCUUCUUUGAAGAAAAGAUCAUUAAGAGAUUUAGUAAUAAGAAAUUUGGAAAAUAAACACAAGACAAAUGCCGUAAAGACAAAUCCACAUAAAUUGUUUUUAAGUGCUGAUACUCUAUGGUACGCAUCUGCUACAAUGUUGGGUAUCGGUUCUAUUGUAUUUUUGGCAUGUUGA